CGGCGCCGGGCCCCGGGGCGGGGGGCGCGCCGGGAUGGGCCCCAAGCGACGGCAGCUGACGUUCCGGGAGAAGUCGCGGAUCAUCCAGGAGGUGGAAGAGAACCCGGACCUGCGCAAGGGCGAGAUCGCGCGGCGCUUUAACAUCCCGCCGUCCACGCUGAGCACCAUCCUGAAGAACAAGCGCGCCAUCCUGGCGUCGGAGCGCAAGUACGGCGUGGCCUCCACCUGCCGCAAGACUAACAAGCUGUCGCCCUACGACAAGCUCGAGGGGCUGCUCAUAGCCUGGUUCCAGCAGAUCCGCGCCGCCGGCCUGCCAGUCAAGGGCAUCAUCCUCAAGGAGAAGGCGCUGCGGAUAGCCGAGGAGCUGGGCAUGGACGACUUCACCGCCUCCAACGGCUGGCUGGACCGCUUCCGCCGGCGCCACGGUGUGAUGUCCUGCAGCGGCGUGCCCCGCCCCCGGGCGCGCAACUCUGCUCCCCGGCGCCCGGCGGCGCCUGCCAGCCCGGCCCCCGUGCCCUCGGAGGGCAGCGGCGGGGGCGCGGGCCGGCACACUUGGGAGGAGCAGCAGCCGUCGGUGGUCGAGGGCUACGCCUCGCAGGACGUGUUCAGCGCUAUUGAGACCAGUCUGUGGUACGACUUCCUGCCUGACCAGGCCGCAGGGCUGUGCGGCAGCGAUGGCCGGGAGCGCAGGGCCACCCAGCGCCUGAGCGUCCUGCUGUGCGCCAACGCGGACGGCAGUGAGAAGCUGCCCCCUCUGGUGGCGGGCAAGUCGGCCAAGCCUCGCGCAGGCCAAGGCGGCCUGCCCUGCGACUACACUGCUAACUCUAAGGGCGGUGUCACCAGCCAGGUGCUGGCCAAGUACCUGAAGGCCCUGGAUGCCCGCAUGGCCGCUGAGUCUCGCCGUGUCCUGCUGCUGGCCGGCCGCAUGGCCGCCCAGUCCCUGGACACCUCGAACCUGCGGCAUGUGCAGCUGGCCUUCUUCCCAUCAGGCACUGUGCAGCCGCUAGAGCGGGGAGUGGUCCAACAGGUGAAGGGCCACUACCGCCAGGCUAUGCUGCUCAAGGCCAUGGCUGCGCUAGAGAGCCAGGAUCCCUCACGCCUGCAGCUGGGCCUCAUGGAGGCCCUGCACUUUGUGGCCGCAGCCUGGCAGGCCGUCCAGCCUUCAGACAUAGCCUCCUGCUUUCGUGACGCUGGCUUCGGGGGUGACCCUGAUGCUACCAUCACUACUGCCCUCAAGAGUGAGGGGGAGGAAGAAGAAGAGGAGGAGGAGGAGGAAGAGGAAGAAGAGGAGGAGGAGGGAGGGGAGGAGGGAGAAGGCGAGGAGGAAGGAGAGGAGGAGGGUGGGGAGGGUGAGGAGCUGGGAGAGGAAGAGGAGGCGGAGGAGGAGGGCGAUGCUGAUGACAGUGAUGAAGAGGAGGAGGAAGACGAGGAGGAAAGCUCCUCUGAGGGCUUGGAUGCUGAGGACUGGGCCCAGGGAGUAGUGGAGGCUGGUGGCAGCUUCGGGGGCUAUGGUGCCCAGGAGGAGGCCCAGUGUCCUACCUUUCAUUUCCUGGAAGGUGAGGAGGACUCCGAGUCGGACAGUGAGGACGAGGAGGAAGAUGAGGAGGAGGAUGAGGAAGAUGAAGACGAAGAAGAUGAUGAUGAGGAGGAUGGUGAGGAGGUGCCUGUGCCCACCUUUGGGGAGGCCAUGGCUUACUUUGCCAUGGUCAAGAGGUACCUGACCUCCUUCCCUAUUGACGACCGUGUGCAGAGCCACAUUCUCCACUUGGAACAUGAUCUGGUCCAUGUGACCAAGAAGAACCAUGCCAGGCAGGUGGGAGUGUGGGGUUUUGGGCAUCAGAGCUGAACCACUGGGUCUAGCCAUGCCCCCAAUCCAGAUGUGGCAGCGCCAAUGCAGAGAGCAGCUGCUGUGGAUGAAACCAGGGUGGGGAGCUCCCGAUCCUUUAGUAUUGCUUUCCCUGCCCUGUGACAGACCCAGUUUACCUGGGUAGGGUCUGGGCUGGAGCUGGGGUCAGCCUCACUGCCUGCUUGUUGCCUCUUUCUCAGAAUCCUCUUCCCCCCUCUUUGCCCAUGGGCCUGGGGGACCAGGUGAAGUGGGUGGGGAGCUGUCUGGUGCUACCACACCAUGCCAUCAAUGGACUAGACCAUAGCAGCACCCAGGGAUAGGCCCUGGAAGCUCCUGGCCAGAGAGUGCCUGUCCCCUCUGCCAUCCACACCAGGUCCUUGGUUGGGGGGGGACCCCAAAGCCAUUCUGGGAAGGGCUCCCAGAAGAAGGUCCA